GAGUGACUCGGGACCGAAAGACGAAAUAAUUUCUCGUUCAAUUUAGCUCGCCCGGAGUUCGUCGGCCUCCGUUGCUUUCCCUUGCUGUAUCCGCCAUCUUCCACUGGCAGAGACUGAUCGGAGCAGGGGUAAUAACUGUAGUUCAACUAGGGAAGAAAACCGGAGGGCUGAUAAGUUCAGCCUCGCCGUCAAUUCCACUUCGUCUCCAGUGUGAUGUGGAAAUGAAAGAAAGGAACACUACUUCAACCCUCAAACGCAUAUUGGUCAAUUGUUCUUCUCAGGCAAAAGAAUAUGGAGGUUGUGUUGCCAAAAAGGUUCCUGAAGUUGAGCGGGAUAUGUGUCUGAAGGAAUUUCUUGCCCUGAAGAAUUGCAUGCAGAACGUGUGCCUUACUAGUGUUUUCUGUUACAUAAAAAAUUUCAGCAUGUCAGCAAAUGCAUCUAGCUCACAGCUUACUGUUGGGUUAAGUGGCUCUGGUGGACUGUCCCAUGCAUACGUUCAGUAUCCUCCCUUAAAAUGUAAUCUGCCAGGAUCAAGGGGUUUGUAUUAUGAUGAUGCAAAUAAAUUGCUUCUCUCUCCGACUUCUGAUCAGGUUUUUUCAUGGAAAACUGUUCCCUUUUCUCCUCAUGUUGCUGCUACUGCCGACUACAUAAAUGAAGGCCCCGUCUUAUCUAUCCGAUAUUCUUUGGAUGCAAAGUCCAUAGCAGUCCAUCGGUCUAAUCAGGAAAUACAGUUCUUUCAAAGGGAAACACGAGAAACAUUUACUCACAUGUGCAAGUCGGAAUCAGAGAGCAUACUAGGAUUUUUUUGGACAGAUUGCCCAGUUUGUGAUUUGGUGGUUGUCAAAACCAGUGGUCUGGAUUUGCUUACUGUCAGCUUUACUUCGAAAUCAGUUAACUUGGUAGAGACAAAGAAGUUGAGUGUGAACUGGUAUGUUUAUACACAUGGCAGUCGAUUGGUUCUUCUUGCUUCAGGAAUGCAAUGCAAGACCCUUACCGGAUUCCAGCUUUCAUCAGUGGGAAUCGUACGUUUGCCAAGGUUUGAGAUGGUAAUGGCUAAAUCUGAUGCUAACAGUAAGCCUGUCCUAGCUGCUGAAGAUGUUUUUAUCAUUACCGUCUAUGGAAGGAUAUAUUGCUUGCAAAUUGACAGAGUUGCAAUGCAGCUCCACUCGUAUAGGUUUUAUCGUGAUGCUGUCGUUCAACAGGGUUCCCUGCCAAUGUUCUCAAGCAAGAUCUCUGUUAGUGUGGUUGACAAUGUCCUACUCGUUCAUCAAGUAGAUGCAAGAGUUAGUAUACUGUAUGACAUAUUUGAAGAUUCUCGAGCCCCUAUAUCUGCCCCUCUUCCUCUGCUGCUUAGAGGUUUACCUCAAUCCCAUACUGGCCGGCCAGUUAAUGUGGGUGAAAGUUUAGAUCGAAACUCAAGUAAUCACGAAUUGAUGUUUUAUGGAGACGACUGGACCUUUCUGGUCCCCGACCUUAUAUGUGAUGUUGCUAGCAAGUCAGUAUGGAAGAUUCAUCUGGACUUAGAGGUUAUCUCCUCAAGCAGCUCUGAAGUUCCAUCAAAUCUAGAAUUCUUGCAGAGAAGGAAGCUGGAAGCAAGCAAGACUAAACAGUUGUGUUUGGCAAUAACACGUGCCUUUAUCUUGGAAAGGAGGCCAGUAACCAUGGUUGCAAAAGCAAUAGACGUGUUAGUCUCAUCUUACUCCCAUUCGGUAAAAACAUGUAGCAAUCUCAAAGAAACAAAAGUGGAUGAAGCCUCAGCUUCUGUUGGGACAAAUGCCAGUAACUCAAGUAGAUCGGCGAAAGAUGAGUCUAGGGUUGGUGUCGGAGACAAAUCCUUUAAUCUUUCAGCUUCAGAUUCAGAUGAUCAAUCACGGGAAAUAGACUCCAGAGAUCUUCAGAAAUCAGGGAAGGAGAACUUACUAGGUGCUGAAAGCUCUAGGGGUGAAGUCCAGUCAUCAUCUUUACACACUCAGCAACUUGGAUUGGGUAAUAAUCAAUUAAAUGCUAACAAUUCCGAGAGGCAGGAUUCUCAGCUUACUUCACCGGCAAUUUCACCUGAUGAGAUGUAUAGUUGUGUGUUUGUUCCUGUUGGAGAAGAGAUCGUGGGAGAUCCCUCAUACUUGGUUGCCAUAAUAGUCGAGUUCCUUCGAAGCACGAAUUCAGAGAAGAUUAAGGUUCGUCCAAACAUAUAUGUGUUCACUAUACAGCUUCUAGUACGCUAUGAAAGGUUUGCAGAGCUGUCCCUAUUGAUCAUAAACAAGGUUCUUGAACCCUCAAAGGAAGUGGCAAUGCAGCUCUUGGAAUCAGGUCAUCAGAAUCCUCAAAUGAGGAAGCUGGCUCUCGACAUGUUGCGACAGCUCUCUUUGCAUCACGAUUAUGUGACUUUGCUUGUGCAAGAUGGUUGUUAUCUUGAAGCUUUGCGUUACGCAAGGAAGCAUAAGGUGACAAGUGUCCGUCCCUCACUGUUUCUUGAAGCGGCACUGGCUAGUAAGGAUUCCCAACAUCUGGCUGCAGUGCUGAGAUUCUUUUCAGACUUCAUCGCCGGGUUCAGAAACACUCCAGAGUACCAAGAUUACUUCCGUAUCCUCAACGAGAUGAACACUGGUCUAGCUGUUUGAACUUGUUACCAGCCAGAACUGGAUCUACAUCUAGGGUUGUUCGUGAGCAAUGGGUUUUGAGAGUCCUUUGUGUGGAGUCCUUUUCAGACUUCCUGUAAAAGCAAACCUUAACGAAAAGGUACCAAGUCAUAGCAAAGAAUGGAAGUUGCAGGAAACAAAGAGAAAAAGAGUGGUUUCCUUUUCCCUAAUCUGUUUAUUAUUUAUAUUGGACGUUAAUGUAGCAAGUCAAACUUAUUUCUGAGUGUUCGUUUGUUUGUUUCUUGUGCUUUCGUGGUGACCAUUUUGUUCUCUUCCCUUGUGACUUGUGACUUGUGAGGACCAGUUUGGGCUUCAUUUCAUUUUCCAGUGGGGGCGGGGUUGUUCUUCCGUUUGUUAUCUUUCGGGGAUUUUCUCGUAUAAAAGACAGUUGAGUUGGGCGCGGAGUAUCUAUUUGUCUUUGUACAUCUGGUCCAGAAGUGUCAUGUUCAACUGUCUGUGUUUGUCUUUUCAAAUUUCUA